AACUGCGCUACGUCUAACAGCCCGUCGAACUCUUCGUGCCCCAUUGCCGUCAACGACGUCUGACACUGACAGGCUCUGUACCUUCGACAGCGAACGAUAUCCUAGAGUGCUGCAAAACAAUCGAAUAUGCAAAUCACGCGAAGACUGCUAAAGUGCAAACGCUCGGAAUAUAUCUCCUCAAAUUAAUUUGUUUGGUUUAUAUGAGUUUUCUAGUUAAAUAUUUAUAUCAAGUUUAUUGAAUUCGACAUAACAAAUAUUCUAGUUUUCGGAUUCUAUAUCUAAAAGUAAGCGAAUAAUUCCUCAUGAAGUGCACAGAAACUUAACCCUAAUUAUUAUUGUUUACUUAUAGUUAAUGAUUUCUUUUGUCUGAAUUUGUUGAAUUACACAAACAUUAUUAUUAUAUACACAUUCCUUAACUUGUUGGGUAAGUUUGCUGUGAUUUAAGACGUGCCAAUAAUGCUAAUCUACAUAUUCCUUAGUCCUUAGUGUGAGCCAUAGAAUUGGUUUAAUUAAAGCAGGACAGCGCAUACGAGUCUGACUACUGAUAGUAUAGGUGAGCGAACAAACCGAUAAAGACAUGAGGAUUUCGAUAUUAACUGCAAUUCUUAACAGACUAGACAAUACGAGGACUACAAAUUUGAAUUCGACGAACAUAAGUUGAGUGGUAGCAAGCACCAUAGAAUUUUGUAAUUACAUCUCGGUCGAACAAUAAAUUAACAAAAUCUUCUGCCCGCUACUGCCCAACAUUUUACAAAAUUCUAUGCGACCAAUUAGAGACGAUGUCUAACAGAACUCCUACGUCCGGAUCGAAGCUAGAUGAGGCUGCCGCAAGCAAGAGUGAUGUAGCGUCGGCAAAUCCAACUACAGAUGCUGCUGUAGUCACCGGAAUCACCAAUCUCACUAUCGUGGAAAAUGCAGUUAGCGGAGCGAAAGCGAUUGAGGUGACGUCGGUACUAGGCACGACGAGUGCAACAGCUGCACAGCAAGUGGCUCUUCCGUCGAGCGCUCAGGUAAAUGAUCUUCCUCAUGACAUUAACGCUGCUCACAUAAAGAGCAACAGGCUGAAGGACCGAGCAUCGUUGGGUGAAGCCGGAGUAAUAGACUGCGACCGUCAACUCCAGGGAGGCUGCUUCAGUGCUAAACCUCCAAAUGCAACUAUUCGCGUGAGGGUGACUCGGUUUAGUCACUGCGAGAUGUGCAACGACCGUGAUAAUAGCAAAAUGGUACAAUGUGACAGCUGCGAUUUAUGGUACCAUUUUGCAUGUGUGGAAGUAACUGGUGGAAUCGCUAAUCAGAGUUGGAGCUGUCCAAUGUGUUCGGAAAACGAAAUCAAUCUACCGCGCUUGGAAGACGCUCCAAGAGACGACCACUCUGAAACAUCACAACGAGCACCACUCUCAAAUCCUCCAAACUCGAAGAAAACCAUUAGCCAGACAAGCAGCAAACGCAGCGAACAGCGAAAACUGGAUAGGCAGUUACAAAUGCUGGAGGAAAUGAAGCAAAUAGAACAAAAAUAUCUGAAAGAAAAGUAUCGACUAUUGGAUGCAGCAGAUGAUGAUAACAUAACAGUGACCAGCGAAGAAAUUUUGGGAAGCGAACAUUUGUACAAAGUGCAAGGUUGGUUGCGGGAUACAGAGAACUGCGGCGAAGACUGUGAUUCCGGGCUAGUUGAAGAAGGUCUUCAUCGCGAAUUAUUCUCAAGUAAAGCGAGAGCAAACUGUAGUGUCUACCUAAUGGUUGUGCGCACACGAUAUCUACCUACAUGAAAUACCAUUCAUUACAGUACCUAAAUAUCUAGGUAUGAUUCAUGAUGUCUACCUAAGGUAGUAUAAAUACGGGUGGUCAUUGGACCACACAGCAGAUACUGCACAAGCCUUGGACUGUUAACAUCUUUAAUAUUCUUCUUUUGAAGGAUAUAAAAGUGGCGACGAGGAUCAAGGAACGUGUAAUUUCUUUUGAGUUAUUCCGAAAUUAUUUUCUUUUGGUUUUCAGGUUGUUGUAAUAACAAAUUGUUAUUUUUGUGGAGAACGGAAUUGUUCUUUUAUAGUAGAAUUGCCAUUAUGUUGUGAACAAAAUGUUCUUUUUGGCCAAUGUUGCAUUGACGAAAUUGUCUUUUUGUUUUGGUAAUAACGAAAUGUUAUUUUUUGUGGUGAACGAAAUUGUUCUUUUGUGGCGGAAUUGUCAUAUGUUAUGUUUUGGUGAAUGGAUUUGUGUUAUUUGUAUUUUUUGGUAAAGUUGCCGAUGUUGGAAUAGCGAAAUCGUCUUUUUGUUUUUGUAGUUUUGUUAACGAACAGAUAUGUUCUUUGAAAGUGACGGACUCGUCAGUUAAUUUGUGUCAUCAUUAUUUUGGUGAAUAAUGUUAUUUUUUUUGAAGUUUUCUAAAGGGGAGAGGACUGUAGUGUCUACCUAAUGGUUGUGCGCACACGAUAUCUACCUACAUGAAAUACCAUUCAUUACAGUACCUAAAUAUCUAGGUAUGAUUCAUGAUGUCUACCUAAGGUAGUAUAAAUACGGGUGGUCAUUGGACCACACAGCAGAUACUGCACAAGCCUUGGACUGUUAACAUCUUUAAUAUUCUUCUUUUGAAGGAUAUAAAACAAACAUUAGUCAGCCUAGUAAUCAGAGGCAGGCAGCUGAUCCAACGAACAUGUUAACCCAGCGAGGGCAGCAUACGGCACAGCAGAGUUUUGUUCCCAACCUACGAUCUACUCCGCGGGAAACAGUUGCACCAUCCAUGGCAACACGUCAACAAGAUCCCCAUCGAAGUAACCUGCGGCAGCACAGCACGUUGGCUCUAAACUCCCAGCUCCAUACAGCACCGGUGACAGCACCAGAUGAUCGAUUCGAGUUGAUGCGGGAAAGCUCUCAUCAGGGGUCUGCUUCUGCGCCCGUGGUUUCGAGACUACAAGUUCCUGGUUCCCAAACAGCCGCACCUCAGUUCGGCACAGCACUACCGUUCCGGGCUGCAGUGUCGUUUCGCCAUCCUUUCACGUCGGAGAUGCAUAAUCGGAACCAUGUGACGACGCAAUCUGAGCUAGGCAAUCAACAGUUUGGAAGACCAAGGGGCACACGAAAUCCAUCUUCCGUAUGUCAGGAGUCGAAUGCAUCCGAGGACAACGCGUAUAUCCUGAACCGCAGCCAAUUAGCAGCACGUCAAGCUGUAUCGAAAGAGUUACCUGAGUUCAACGGGAACCCUGAGGAUUGGCCUUUAUUUUUCUCAAUGUAUAAUACCUCCACGCAAAUGUGCGGCUUUUCAAAUGAGGAAAAUAUGCUGAGAUUGAGAAAGUGCUUGAAAGGAAAAGCCUUGGAAGCCGUUAGAUGCCGUCUGCUACAUCCAUCUAAUGUCUCCAGUGUCAUCGCUACAUUAAGAAUGUUAUACGGUAGGCCUGAAGCUAUCGUUCAAGCGUCGAUCAGGAAGAUACGUUCUUUACCACCACCUCAAGUUGAGAAAUUUGACACUCUAGUCAAUUUUGCGUUGACAAUUGAAAAUCUCGUCGCGACCAUCGAAGCUUGUGGCGUCGAUGACUUCAUCUAUAAUGCGGCCUUAAAAUAUGAGUUGAUUGAUCGUCUCCCACCCGUUUUGAAACUGGAUUGGGCCAGGUACUCCAGAAACAAUCCAGCCCCGAAUUUAGUGGACUUCAGUCACUGGUUGUAUGCAAUCGCUGAAGAUGCUUCUACGGUCAUGCAAACAUCAACAGGAGCGUCAAAAAAUCGAUGGACUAAAAGCGACGGGUUCAUUAACGUCCAUUCCGAAAGUGAGUCCAGUGAGAUGCAAGAAAAAGAGCAAGGAGAAGCGCAUGCAACAUCUUCAGUACACAUGACAGAAUGCGUCGCUUGCAAAGGUAGUUGUUCGUCAAUAGCCAAAUGUCCCCGCUUCUCACAACUCAGCAUCGACGCAAAAUGGGAUGUAGUGCGUGUAGGGAGAAUUUGUCGCAAAUGCUUGCGGAAGCACAACGGAUCAUGUAGACAGCAGAAACCUUGCGGUGUGCACGGCUGCACCUUUCUGCAUCACCCCAUGUUGCAUAGUGAGAAGCAAACGAUGUCUAGCUCCACUACCGAAGGUUCAAUUAACGAUACUGGAAACUGCAAUGUUCAUCAAACACAAACCAGUGGUGUCCUGUUUAGGAUUGUUCCUAUUGUACUGCAUGGGCCAGAGAAGUCAGUGCAGACGUAUGCAUUCAUUGACGACGGGUCUGAGCUAACGCUCAUGGAAGCGAGUUUGGCUGAAGAAUUAGGUAUCACUGGUACACGAUCAUCGCUAUGCCUAAAGUGGACCGGAGGAACCAAGAGAGUGGAGGAUGAAUCUCAACUAGUCGACGUAGAAAUUUCAGGCGUAGGACAGGAUGCCCGAAAAUACAAGAUGGAUAAGAUACACACUAUUCAUGGCCUACAACUUCGACCCCAAACAUUAGUUUUCUCCGACUUGCAGCAGCAGUUCGACUAUCUCCAAGGAUUGCCAGUAGCAUCCUACAAUGAUGUUAGUCCCAGAAUACUGAUUGGCCUUGACCACGCUGAGCUAGGUCAUGUUAUGAAAAGUCGUGAGGGAAAGCCAAGUCAGCCAAUUGCUGUUAAAACGCGUUUAGGAUGGAUACUCUACGGAAGCUACUCUCAAACAAGCUCGGAGCUCAGCCACGUCAACGUCCACACCAUAACUCUGUGUGAAUGUAACAACGAAACCGAGGAUGCCCUUCAUAAAGAAAUGAAACACUACUUUGCCAUCGAAACUCUCGGGAUUUAUAAGUCCGAGGAAGCUUUACGGUCGAUAGAUGAACAACGCGCCUUUGAUCUUCUUGAAAAAGGAACUCAGCUAAUAGAGGGUCGCUACGAAACGGAACUUCUCUGGAGAUACGAUCACAUUCGUUUUCCAGAGAGCAAGCACAUGGCGUACCGAAGGUGGUUAUGCCUUGAUAGGCGUAUGGAGCGAGAUCCUAAUUUCUCAGAAACAAUGAGAUCAAAGAUCGCAGACUAUUUGUCCAAAGGCUACAUUUGUAAAGUGACAGAUUGCGAAUUAAACGAACACCAUCAAAAGAAAUGGUAUUUGCCAAUAUUUCCGGUGUUGAAUCCUAACAAACCUGGUAAAGUUAGGAUUGUGUGGGAUGCGGCCGCUAAAGCAAACGGCAUUUCACUUAAUUCGUUGUUACUAAAAGGACCCGACUUGUUGUCAUCGCUUCUGACGGUCCUUAUUCAAUUUCGGGAAUUUCGGAUCGGAAUAUGUGGCGAUAUCAGGGAAAUGUACCUGCAAAUACGUUUGAAAGGAAAUCCCCAACUAUGUUUUUUCUGGAAAGAAAACGAACAGGACACUGAACCAAGCAUCUACGCCAUGCGGGUGCUACCAUUUGGCGUGUCAUGUGCGCCUAGCAUUGCGCAAUAUGUUAAGAACGUAAAUGCGCAAAGGUACGAAGAAGAGCAUCCCGCCGCCGUAAAUGCUAUUGUCAAACAACAUUACGUUGAUGACAUGCUUUCUAGCGUUGAAACGAAGCAAGAGGCUACGGAAUUAGCAUGCACCGUGAAAAACAUUCACGCCGAGGCUGGUUUUGAUAUGCGUAACUGGAUUUCAAACUGCCCUGAGGUGUUGGCUGCAAUGAACGAGCAGCAGAUCAUCGAAAAGGAAUUCAACAUGGCUGAAGGAGUCGGCACCGAAAAAGUUCUUGGAAUGUGGUGGAAUACGUCCUCAGACUGCUUCACGUUCAAAAUAUCUCCGCGGUACGAUCCUGACUUGAUUUCCGGUAGCCGCCGUCCAACAAAGCGGGAGGUGCUUAGAACGUUGAUGAUGAUUUUCGAUCCGCUAGGUUUGAUCGGACAUUUUUUGAUGUUUCUAAAAACAAUUUUGCAAGAAAUUUGGAGAACAUCGAUCACUUGGGACGAUCCAAUCGAACAAACCCAAUUUGAGCUGUGGUUACAGUGGUUGAAAGUCCUUCCUGAAGUGGCAAUGGUGGAAGUUCCUCGAUGCUACAGGACAGCUACAUCAGUUGAAAGCUCCAAUGAUAUCCAGAUGCACAUAUUUGUCGAUGCAAGUGAAAAGGGAUUCGCUGCUGUUGUAUAUCUGAGGUUUCACGAAGGAGAUAGGAUCGAAACAGCUUUAGUGGCUUCUAAAACUCGUGUAGCGCCGCUAAAAUUUCUGUCGAUCCCACGGUCUGAGCUUCCAGCUAGCGUUAUAGGAGUUCGUUUAGCGACUAGUAUACAGCAGUCUCUCUCAAUCAAAGUUAAUCGACGAUUUUUCUGGACUGACUCUAGUGACGUCAUUAGUUGGAUAAAAUCGGAUCAUCGCCGAUAUAGUCAGUUUGUAGCCUUCAGGAUCAGUGAGAUACUUGAAGCUACGGAAGUGAACGAAUGGCAGUGGCUACCGACCAAAGAAAAUGUUGCUGACGAAGGAACGAAAUGGAAACGGGUUCCCGAUAUGUCUAGGACCAGCCGCUGGUUCAAUGGACCGGAAUUUUUGAAGAAAUCUGCUACCGAAUGGCCUUUAAAGCAGCAUACCAAAGAAGAAACUAAAGCAGAACUGCGCCCGCAUCUGCUUGUACAUAUGCUGAUGCCAACACCAAUCAUCGACCCAAUGAAAUUUUCCCAGUGGACAUCACUACUGCGUAGAACAGCGUUCGUGUUUCGCUUCAUUAGAAACUUGAGAGCACCAACACCAGAACACAAAAAUACGGGAGUCCUGACACAAUCGGAACUGAAUGCAGCUGCAAAUUAUCUGUACCGGGUAGCCCAAGGUAGUACAUACGCCGAUGAAGUAGCAGUGUUAUCGGAUGUAGGAAUGUCCGGUAACAAGAAAACCACAAUUCCAAGGAAUAGCCGUAUAUACCGACUUUGUCCGUUUAUGGAUGAACACCGUGUAUUACGCGUGCGUGGUAGAACCAUCGCAUGCAAAUAUAUCGACACAGAUGCAGUGAAUCCAAUAAUCCUCCCAAGGCAAAAUCAAAUUACCAAACUUAUCGUGGCCCAUUACCAUGGUAAGUACCAUCAUCAAAAUCACAAUACGGUUGUCAACGAGCUACGACAACGAUACAGCAUCCCUCGCUUGAAAGCAACAUACAACAGGAUUCGGAAGGACUGUCAGCUGUGCAAAAACGAGCGUGCUAAACCACAAGCACCCCUAAUGAGUGAUUUGCCCCUGUCCCGCCUAGAUGCUUAUGCUCGCCCCUUCACACACAUGGGCGUUGAUUAUUUUGGGCCAUUAAUAGUUAGCGUCGGACGGCGUCAGGAAAAACGAUGGGUUCUACUGGCGACUUGCCUUACUGUACGUGCCAUCCAUCUCCAGAUCGUACAUUCCUUAACUACUGGUUCAUGCAUUAUGGCGCUUAGGAAUGUAACGGCAAGGAGAGGUGUUCCAGCAGUCAUAUACAGUGACAGAGGCACGAAUUUUAUAGGAGCAAGUAAAGAACUUAGGGUGGCAGUCGAGAACAUCGACCACGAGCGGCUCGCGACAGAGUUCACUACACCGUAUACAACUUGGACGUUCAUCCCUCCUGCGUCACCGCAUAUGGGCGGAGCGUGGGAGCGCCUUGUUCGCAGUGUUAAGCAAAACCUUGCAAAGCUGCAAUCACACCGAAGCGUAUCUAUGGAGGUUCUUGAAAAUAUGUUGGCUGAAGUGGAAAACGUUAUUAACUCUCGUCCGCUAACUAACAUUCCUAUCGACGACGAUCAAUCACCGGUGUUAACCCCCAACCAUUUUUUGCUGGGUUCAAGCAAUGGUUUACGAUCAUGGGUUGCGUUCGACGACACCUCUUCAGUGUUGAAAAACUGUUGGCAGCUUUCCCAAACCAUGGCGAAUCAGUUUUGGAAACAGUGGGUUCGAGAUUAUUUGCCACUAAUCACUCGACGGACCAAAUGGUUUGAAAAAGUGAAACCAGUGGAAAUUGGUGACAUCGUCAUUUUAGUGGACCCCAAAUUACCCCGCAACACUUGGCCUAAAGGAAGGGUCAUUGGCAGCAAACGAGGGAGUGAUGGACAAGUACGAAGCGCUACGAUCCAGACUUCUACCGGGAUUUACGAGCGGCCAGCGGUCAAAAUCGCCGUUCUUGACGUAGGCGUUUGUCAUAAUACGCUUCAGGGAAUCCAGAAGCGCAUUCCGGGGGAGAGUGUUAACUGCGCUACGUCUAACAGCCCGUCGAACUCUUCGUGCCCCAUUGCCGUCAACGACGUCUGACACUGACAGGCUCUGUACCUUCGACAGCGAACGAUAUCCUAGAGUGCUGCAAAACAAUCGAAUAUGCAAAUCACGCGAAGACUGCUAAAGUGCAAACGCUCGGAAUAUAUCUCCUCAAAUUAAUUUGUUUGGUUUAUAUGAGUUUUCUAGUUAAAUAUUUAUACUAAGUUUAUUGAAUUCGACAUAACAAAUAUUCUAGUUUUCGGAUUCUAUAUCUAAAAGUAAGCGAAUAAUUCCUCAUGAAGUGCACAGAAACUUAACCCUAAUUAUUAUUGUUUACUUAUAGUUAAUGAUUUCUUUUGUCUGAAUUUGUUGAAUUACACAAACAUUAUUAUUAUAUACACAUUCCUUAACUUGUUGGGUAAGUUUGCUGUGAUUUAAGACGUGCCAAUAAUGCUAAUCUACAUAUUCCUUAGUCCUUAGUGUGAGCCAUAGAAUUGGUUUAAUUAAAGCAGGACAGCGCAUACGAGUCUGACUACUGAUAGUAUAGGUGAGCGAACAAACCGAUAAAGACAUGAGGAUUUCGAUAUUAACUGCAAUUCUUAACAGACUAGACAAUACGAGGACUACAAAUUUGAAUUCGACGAACAUAAGUUGAGUGGUAGCAAGCACCAUAGUAAGAUUAUCAAACCUAUACAUGUUAUAAUAUCUAACUGUACCUCUAUUCUACAGGAAUUUUGUAAUUACAUCUCGGUCGAACAAUAAAUUAACAAAAUCUUCUGCCCGCUACUGCCCAACAGUGGUCCUGAAACCGAUUCCCGAGGCCCCGGAAAUGUGACCAAUUCCCUGAAUUUAUAUGACCCUACCAUGUGGCGCAUCAUAAUUCGUUGAAUUUCAUGGAUAAUUUUCCAGUUAUCAAACCAGCUACUGAAGAGAACAUUGUCCCACAAGUGGUCCCUGAACCGGUUCCCUGGCCUCCUAGAAUUAUACCAGUUCUCGCAUUUUCAUUAACCAUGCCGUCCGAUAGCCAAGGAUCACCGCUCAUGCUUUACAAUACAGUUGGAAAAACUAGAACAACACCUGGCCUGCAUAAAGCACUAAAGCGGACCGGAAGUGACGGUGAGCCAGCCCCACCUAUAUUGUUUUCUUUUGAAAAAUGCCCUAAAAAUGUCUCAUAAAAACACAAUACAUUCUACUGUUUUUCGCGAAAAAAUGUAUGAAAAUUUUCUCAAAAUUGUAUGGUUAAGAUACAUAACGACCACCAUUUUUUAUU